AUAACUAAAGACAAAUGCUCGAAAUAUAUACAGCGUGCAUUGAAUUCACUCUUCAAACUAUAAACACAACUUUAAUUAUUUGAUAUUCAAAUUUGUGAUCAGCUUACCCUGUAUUUUACAGCUGUUACUAAGAAAAAGUGAUAUGGAUAAAUAUUAUACAUGUGAUUUCGUGUCAAAAUAUGUAAACAUGUACAGCGGCUGCAAUCACAAGAGAUCAGGAACAAUCUCGAAAAAUUCUAGCUUAGCUGUAUGUCUCUCAACUGAGUUAAUAGCGUUAUAAUAUUAGAAACUAAGUGAAAAACACCUAGUUAAAGACAAAUAAAAAAUAAAUUGAGCGGAGGUAAUGCACAUAUUUAUUAAAACAUGGCUGAUAACAAUGAUGAGAUUGAAUUUUGUUUAAACAUUGAACCACACGAAAUAACAGACGCUAUAAAAUCGAAAGCUGUUGUUAAAUUUUCUGCAGUGCAAGUGCCGGCAAACUUUAAUAGACUUCAAUGCAAUACUAAUUUAAAUCUGCCUCCAUCCAAUUGGUUAACCACGUCUGAUAGCAGUUAUGGUUUACACCAGGCAUUGUACCAGUCGCCAGGUUUUGCCAGUAGUUUUCGUAUGGCACACAUGUUUCCGGAUUGUGUUGGUGAAGUUGAUGUGGUUUCAGAUGCCGAAAAUAUAAAACGAUUACUAAAAUUGCCCUACACCUCAAAGGGUGCAAUUAGUAUGAUUGUGCACAAAGUAGGUAAUACCCUAUUGCUUGACGAGUUUGAUGUAAAUAAAUAUUUAUUGCGCAAAGCGGAUGAUGACUGGAAAUGGCUAAGAACUUUUAUAUUGGAACAAAUACUUGAUUACAGCGAUGACCACAAUUUUUGUCUUAAAGAUAAAUCACGUGAAGCUAUACAAACCAAAAAUUUACUCUCAAAAUUUUUAUAUCACAGUCUUAAGCACUCUGCUACUGAGUCACCACUGGAACACAAACAAAAUAUUCGACAAGAAUUGCCAAUAACAGGACCACUACUACCUGAACCAAACGUUGAAGAAAAUGUGCCAGAUCCACAAUCCAGUCACGUAUUCAAUCGUAACGUAGUUUGGACUUUUGAAGAUAUACGUAUGUUAAUAGGCACAGAUAUGCCCAUUUUUGGUGGACCAAAUCGUCCUGCCAUAAGUUUGCGAUUACGUGACCAAACUAAACCUAUAAAUGUACUUACCGGCAUUGAUUAUUGGUUAGAUAAUUUGAUGUGUAAUGUGCCGGAGGUGGUUAUGUGCUAUCAUUUAGAUGGGAUUGUACAGCGUUACGAAAUAAUAAAAACUGAAGAUUUGCCGUAUUUAGAAAACUCAAAAUUCUCACCGAAAGUCGUGCGUAAUGUAGCACAAAACAUUUUAGCGUUCCUUAAUGCGAACGUUACGAAAGCGGGUCACACAUAUUGGCUCUUUAAAGGACGUAAUGAUGACGUUGUUAAAUUGUAUGAUCUGACUACACUGUGCAAAGAUCAAGCAACUGAAGAGAAUUGUGAUGAAAAACAGGGAAAUCCAUUUACCGUGCCUGUGGCUAUGCUGUUGUACACUGUUGCUAGAAAUAUGAAAAAUACUGUGGAACGUAUGUCCCCGCAAAAAGCGGGUAGUAUAUGUGCAUUGCUGGAUAAUUGUAUAAAGCUGCUGCCAAAAGAGAAGUAUCCACAAAUUGUGACUUCCUCUUAUUACAUUUUGUCUGACUUGCAUGUGCCUGCUGGUAUUGAUCCGAAGUCGCCAAAUUUUGACGUGUCUGACAUAGAUUCUGAUACACAGUCUGUAUGUGAUGAAGACGAUUUUUCUUUUAGUGAUGAUUACUUUAACAGUUUUGGCAAAGAAUUGAGUGAUAAUUCACAUCAUUUCGCUGUAAAGCAUAUCUGCGAUACACUAAGAGAUUAUAAUAGCGAACAUAACUCCAAACCUGCUAAAGAGGUGCAAAAAAAGCCGUCUCCUUUGCAAGGCAGCACUGAGGAGCGUUGUCUCAAAUCAUUGUCGCAUAUCAGUGCUGGACUAUCUUGUUUACAAUUUUUUAACUCAAAUCAAGAAAAAUUUAUCAAGGAAAGCGAAGCUACUGCUAAGGAAGAGGAGAGACAACGGAUCUUACAUGAAGAGCAGAAUCCCAACAUUGCAAAACCUUUUAAACCGAUACCAUUGCCUUAUGAAUCGUUAACUAGCUCCUCCAAAAAUGACAAUGUGGAAAACAAGAUUGAUGCUGCUCAUGUGGAAGAGCAAAGUAAAUGUGAGAGAGAAGGUAAAAACAAAAAGGGCAGUAAAACGAAACGGAAUAAAGCUAAAGAAGCAACUGAACAGAUUAAAGGUGAAAUCCAGUUACAGCCUCAAGAAAUAGCAAUAAAUUUCAAUUCGCAAUUAUUUGGUUCCUGGAACGUGCAUUUGAAAUUGUUACUGUUAGAGAAAGCUUGUCUUACCUACGCUACGUUGGCUGAGCAUUACUAUGUCAUGCACAAAUAUGGUGCCUGUCUAAAAGCGAUUUAUGUGGCAUGCCGCUGUCAACAGGUGCUUAUAAAAUAUGUGUCCAAAAUUGUUUCUCAAAAAAGUUGCUUGUUGGGACGUGCAGGGGAUUGCUUCUUUCAAAUGAGUAAAAGUUGGGACACCAUCGAUGAUAAUUUGGAACAGUUUUUUAAAGAAAGUGAUGAAAACAUAAUUAAUGAACUAGAUAAGGAGUUAAGUGAUGAUGAACCAGACGAUCUAAUAAUUCCGCAAAAGAAUAUUGAACACUUAAUGGUUUCUAGCUGUCGUUGCUAUGAAAACGCCUUAUCAUAUAUAAUCGACAAUGGGACCGAUGGGGAAAUCUCAAAGAAGGAAUUGUUGCGCCGUUUGGGAAACGUACGUAAUGAGUUGGGCUUGAAGUACAUGUUUUGGGCACAAGAAGAGUUUUCAAAAUUUACACAAAAUGAACUUAAUGGGGACAAAAAAAUAGUUGAGGACAAAAUUGAAAAUAAUUUGGAAAAUGUGACAGAAAUUCUUGACGAAAAAGACAUCAAUAAAGAAAAUCCUGUGUAUAUAAAUCUUUCCAUGAAAUCUUAUGAUUGCUUAUUGCAAGGCAUACUCACUUUCAUUCAGGUUGGUGAUAACGUAAAUCUGGCAUUUUUAUACUGUAAUAUGGGCAGAUUUAUGCGCUUUCGUGCUCACCUAUACCAAGUUGACGAGAACAGUGAGAUUGUUAAAAUACAAAAAGCAUUUUAUAACGAGGCAUUUUCCUACUAUGAGAAAGCGAAAGACAUUUUGGGAACACGAAAGUUAAAUGCUGAGCUAUGGGACUUAGUGCAUUGGGAGUUAUCAACAGCUACUUUCACUCUAGCGAAACAACUACAGGACUUUAGCACUACAGACCCAACUACACAAUUAGAUUUGGAAAAGGAAGUAUUGGAGUUGUUGCAGAAGUCACUUAAGCUUUGUGAUGUAGAGCAUGCUGGCUCUCGUCAAAUACUUUACACCUACCGUUCUGGGUUAAUACAUAAAAGAAUAGCGUCAUUUCAUUAUAGUCAGUUACGCAACAAUUGCACUGAUGCAGCCUUACUACCGAAAACUACUCUCCAACUCUGCAAGUAUCAUUAUGAAAGAGCGGCCAACAUUUUGGACAGUUUAAAGGAAGCCAGUGACUUUUUGACUGUACAAUUGGAACGAGUGUCUCUGUACGAAUUUUUGGCAGAAUGUACGUUGGAAAUACAACUAUUUAAUAUGAAAAUUGAUCCAAUUGAUGGCCCAAUUGAUGAUCCUGACGCAACUACAACUGUACUUCCGGUAACAACAACUGCACCACCCGUUACAACAACUGCACCACCUGUAACAACAACUGCACCACCCGUUACAACAACUGCACCACCUGUAACAACAACUGUGCCUCCAGUAACAACAACUGCACCUCCGGUCACAACAACUGCACGUCCAGUCACAACAACUGCACGUCCUGUAACAACAACUGCACAACCCGUUACAACAACUGUACCUCCAGUAACAACAACUGCACCUCCAGUAACAACAACUGUACCACCAGUAACAACAACUGCACCUCCAGAAACAACAACUGCACCUCCAGAAACAACAACUGCACUUCCAGAAACAACAACUGCAUCUCCAGAAACAACAACUGCACCUCCAGAAACAACAACUGCACCUCCAGAAACAACAACUGCACCUCCAGAAACAACAACUGCACCUCCAGAAACAACAACUGCACCUCCAGAAACAACAACUGCACCUCCAGUAACAACAACUGCACCUCCAGAAACAACAACUGUACCUCCAGAAACAACCACAGUACCUCCUGCAACCACAACAACUGUGCCACCUGUAACACUCCCAACACCUAACGAAGUAUGUUUCGGAUACACAGCCGCUGGACGUUAUCCAUACCCCGGAGACACCGGAUGUACAAAUUACGUUUACUGCUUCUGGAAAGGAGGUUACUUACAAGGUACGGCGAUGACAUGUCCCGCAGGAUUGUACUUCAGUGCAGAAGCCAACAAUUGCAUUAACGUUAAACCAGCCACAUGUGUGUAA